CAUCGAGGAAGAAGCGUCCGCUCGAAAGGUCCUAUGUCACCAUGCAGCACUAUGGAGUGAAUGGCUAUUCUCUCCAUGCCAUGAAUUCCUUGAGCGCGAUGUAUAACCUGCACCAACAAGCAGCACAGCAAGCCCAGCACGCACCCGAUUACAGACCCUCAGUGCAUGCUCUCACGCUGGCAGAAAGACUGGCUGACAUCAUCUUGGAGGCCCGUUAUGGCUCCCAGCACCGCAAACAAAGGAGAAGCCGCACAGCUUUCACUGCCCAACAACUGGAAGCCUUGGAGAAAACUUUCCAGAAGACUCACUAUCCAGAUGUGGUGAUGCGGGAGAGAUUGGCAAUGUGCACUAAUCUACCAGAGGCUAGAGUACAGGUUUGGUUUAAAAAUAGAAGAGCUAAAUUUCGAAAGAAGCAGCGCAGCCUGCAGAAAGAACAGCUACAGAAGCAGAAAGACUCAGAGGCCAAUCACAGCGAAGGCAAAGCAGACACUCCCGUGUUAGAAACACCAACUCCAACUCCUGAUGCAGACAAGUCUCUGAGCUUGCCAAGGGAGGUGAACGCAGAGCUCAGCCUGACUCUCUCAGAGCAUUCAGCCAGCGAGUCAGCAGCUGAGGACCAGACAGACAAAGAGGAAGAAUUCAAGAUCUCCCUGGAGGAGAACAAUGACGAGAAAAGCCCUGGAGCAGAAAACAAGGUGCUGAACAGUAAGAGGGCAAGUCCAAAAGCAGAAUCCCCUGUCGGCACUGCUGCCACUGCAUCCUCCAGCAGCGGCAUGUCUCAGGCGCAUUCCUAUUCGUCUUCUCCUCUCAGCCUCUUCCGCCUUCAAGAGCAGUUCCGGCAACACAUGGCAGCUACCAAUAACUUGGUCCACUAUUCAUCCUUUGAAAUGGGAAAUCCUUCUUCCAUGCCGUAUUUGGGCAUGAAUGUCAACAUGGCACCCCUAAGCUCGCUGCAUUGCCAGUCUUAUUACCAGUCCCUCUCUCACGCUCAGCAAGUGUGGUCCUCUCCAAUUCUCCAGGCAUCUUCCUCUCUUCCCAGCCUGAACAGUAAAACAACCAGUAUUGAGAAUCUCCGGCUGCGAGCAAAGCAACACGCUGCCUCUCUGGGACUGGAUACUUUACCAAACUGA